CACAAAAGUUAAAAGCCAAGGUGAAAACAACUGAACACACAAAACACAUAAAUAUAUAAAUACAUAAAUAUAUAAAUAUAUAACAUUUACCUCACAACUGGGGUUGUAUCACUUGAUCCCAAUUGGCAGUUUAGUUCUUCGAUAAUUUCUUCGUUUUUCUAAAUUGUGAAAAAUAGACUUGAAUUUUUAUCUAACCUUAAAAAAAAAAAAAAAAUUAAUUAAUAAUAAUUAACCUCAAAAAUAAAGUGAUGACAAUUUUUACAAUUUUGAGUGUAAAGAUGACUGAAGAUUAAUUUUGUGAUCAGCUGACUGGCUUUGCAGGUAUUGCUGGUGAGUGGAGAGAGCUUGAGGAAUUAAGAUGGCGAACAACAGCGAGGUCUGGGUCCAGUGUUUCACCUGCUGCCUGACGCACCAAGGGCGCAGCUCCAGGAGUCAAAGUCAGCGCCAGAACGAAGCCAAGGGAAGACAGAGGCAGCGGCUCAGAAUCGACAGGAGCAUGAUUGGCGCGCCGAUGAACUUUCAGCACACCGGGCACAUCGGCAGCGGAGACUUGGACAUGGAGAGCGCGCAUUUGUCCGUUAUUCAGCACCAGAUGCAGGGCAAGGGCGGCUACGAAGCUUCUUUUGGAGUCAAGGCAUGCUGAAAACCUGGUUAGUAUUGACAAGAGUCUACACACUCGUGUAAAUACAAGGAAUAAAUGAAUCUUAAUCCGUUGGACUACUUACCCCAUACUUGAGACUGUUUCUCCAUAAAUGUUCACCCCGUAAAAUUAAUAGCCGCAUCUUCACCCUGAAACGUCCAAAUUAUGCUCAAAAUUAACGUUACAAUUGACGCUUGUGCCUUCCAUAAGGAAUUGGAAAUACUUGCUCACUAAGAAAACUAUUUUUGCCAUAGACGCAUUAAUUAUACAAAUUUAUACUAAUUCUUCCAGAAGAUUGCUCAUUACAUUCAAAAUAAUGAGUGAUUUGAUAAAACAUUUAAUUAACUGCCGUGCGCAAGCUUUUUUAUCGACUUUACAAAUUCAAGUCUCGGUUUUUUAAAAUGCGUUAUUAUUUAUUGUAUAGAAUUUAAUUUAUAUUAAUUAUUAUAGAGUAGAAAUUAUGAUUAUUAUUAUUAUUAAUUGAGCAUUAAAGAUAGUGCAAUAGGCGAUCAAAUUAAUUUAUACAUUUUUUCCUAUUUUUAAUGUUUUUUUUCUUUAAAGUAAUUUACUGUCUAUUGUAACUUUUUUAUGUACGAGGAAUAAAUUAAAUUAAGCAAUAA